CCUUGAGCUGCGGAAAGAGAGAGAGAGAGAGAGAAAGAGAGAGAAAGAGAAGAAAUAAACACAACUUUAAAAAGACAUUAUUCAUGAAUUCCCCAAAAACCUGAAAGGCAAAUACUGCACGUUGGCUGGCGGUCCUGAGGAGGCAUGUGGACAAUGAGUAUGGCUUGGCUCUGUCUCACGGCCUACACUGUCUUCCUUGUUGGUUGCUUUCAUACAGCGGUCACGGAAAGCGAUGUCACUCCACGCCUCACCUUCUCCUACAAUGCGAAGGAGAGGACAACCAGACGUUUCUCAGUCAGUGGAGUCUUCAACUUCACCUCUCUUCUCCUCAGUAAAGAAGACAACGCGCUGUACGUUGGCGCUCGGGAGAUCCUCUUUGCUCUCAACCUCGCUGACGUCAGUGCCGUCAAGCUCCAACGAAAUUUCACGUGGAAAACUCCAGGGAGGAAGAGAGACGAGUGCAGUUUCAAAGGCAAAGACCUGCAGACGGAUUGCUUCAACUACAUCAAGAUUUUACUCCGGAUGAACAGCACUCAUCUGUAUGUGUGUGGAACAUACGCCUUCAGCCCCACAUGUGCUUACAUCAAAACUGCAGACUUCUCCCUGGUCAAGGAUGAUAGUGGUGAGAUUGUUACAGAAGAUGGACGCAGCCGCUGUCCCUUCAACCCUGAGUACAAGUCCACUGCUAUCAUAGCGGAUGGAGAGCUGUAUGCCGGUACAGUCAGUAAUUUCCAAGGAAAUGAACCCAUCAUUUAUAAGAGUCUCAGCCAAGGAACCGCUCUAAAAACCGAAAACUCACUCAACUGGCUUCAAGACCCGGCCUUUGUUGGCUCUGCGUACAUACAGGAGAGCCUGCCCAAGGGCAACCUAGUGGGCGAUGACGAUAAGAUUUACUUCUUCUUCAGUGAAGCAGGAAAGGAGUUUGAUUUCUUUGACAACACCAUUGUGUCCCGCAUUGCUCGCGUGUGUAAGGGUGACAUGGGAGGAGAGAGGGUUCUGCAGAAGAAAUGGACGACCUUGCUGAAGGCUCAACUCUUGUGCUCUCUGCCUGAUGAUGGCUUCCCUUUCAACAUAAUACAAGACAUGUUUGUGCUGACACCCAGCCCCGAAGACUGGAAGAACGCUGUGUUUUAUGGAGUCUUCACGUCUCAGUGGUAUAAGGGUGCUUCAGGAAGCUCUGCAGUGUGUUCCUUCACUAUGGACCAGGUGGAAAAGGCGUUCAAUGGGCGGUACCGUGAGGUCAACAGAGAGACUCAACAGUGGUACACAUACAACCAUCCGGUCCCAGAGCCUCGGCCUGGUGUGUGUAUCACAAAUGCUGCCAGGGAACAGGGCAUCUCCUCCUCGCUGCACAUGCCGGACAAGGUGCUGAAUUUUGUCAAAGACCACUUCCUGAUGGACAGCGUGAUCCGCAGCCAGCCUCUCCUGCUCAAGCAAAAUGUUCGCUACACGCAGAUCGCUGUCCAUCGAGUCCAGGCAGCGAAAAAAGCCUAUAAUGUGAUCUUCAUUGGCACCGAUGAUGGGAGACUCCAUAAAGCCAUCAAUGUCAACAACAAGAUGCACAUCAUUGAGGAGAUGGUUCUCUUCCGUGAUUCCCAACCAGUGCAACACAUCGAGCUGGACACUGAAAAGGGUCAGCUUUAUGUUUCCUCUUUCUCUGAACUGGCGGCGGUCCCAGUUGCUAACUGCACUAAUUAUCAGAGUUGUGGGGAGUGCAUCCUAUCGAGGGAUCCUUACUGUGCUUGGAACGGGAGGCAGUGUGUGGAUAUCAGACAGGCUCCACCAAGCAGUGCCUUGCAGCAGGAUAUAGAUGAAGCUAACACAUCAGCUAUCUGCAACACACCAGUGCCAGGCCCACGGUUUGCUAAACCUCCACCUACACGAAUGCCUUCAUGCCAGGUGAUCAUUAUCCCAGCCAACACGUUCAAAGUACUCCCUUGCAAGCUGCGCUCUAAUUUGGCUGUAAGGAGUUGGGAGUUCAGUGAGAGUGCAGGUCACUUCCAUUACCCCAGCCCAGAGGGGGGAUUGGUAGUGGUAGCUCAAGCUGACAGGCAGGAAACCUACGAGUGCUGGUCAGUGGAGGAAGGCUUCAGACAGCUGCUGGCUAACUACUGUGUGAGGGGCGAGGCCAAGCGCGAGAGCACCACCCUGAGAGGCCGCUCACGUACGCCACAGGUCUCCCAAGAGGAGUUUAUCAUCCUGCCAGGAGAGGCCCGCUCACCGCAGAUCAACACGAAGACCUACUGGAACGAACUGAUUGUGGUGUGUUCCCUGCUGGCGUUUUCCCUGGUGGUCUUCUCUCUAUUUGUGGUCUACAGGAACCACGACGACAUGAAGUCCAUGCUCAAGGAGGGCGAGUGUCCCAACAUGCAGCAGAAGAAGCCCAGAAUAGUGGGCAAACCGGCUGAGAACCUGCCGCUAAACGGCAACGCGGUCCCGGCGUCAGCGUCGGAUCACAAGGGCUACCAGACCCUUAACGACAACUACAUCUGCGGCACGCCCCCGCACGAGUGCUCAUCGCCCGACAACAGCAAGAGCUUCUCAGAAUCAGAGAAGAGGCCUCUGAACUUGAAAGAGAGUCAUGUGGAGAUUUCUCCCACUUGCCCACGGCCAAGAGUCCGACUGGGCUCCGAGAUUAAAGACUCCAUAGUGUGAGGGCCGCUUUGUGUUGUGUGGAGGGACUCAUUUUAAACUGGAAGGAAGGAGUGCACUUGCUGAGAGAGACAAUGAGGGGAAACUGAGGAUCAUUCGACUCCUCACGGAGAGACAUUUCAUGACACAGAUUUUGCACUUUUUGUUCUGUUCCUGUGGUCCAUGUUCAUUUCAUUUAAGUGUCCUCUCCCUCUUUUUCAAGUGCAUUUGAAGCACACUGACGAAGUGCCAGUUUGCCUUCAGACUUUUGAUGCUUUCACUACGGCUCACAGGAAUGUAACAAGCGAAGAGGCGACGUCGCGACUAAAAUUCAGUGAUUUCAUUUCAUUGCCAUUCAGUCCGUCCACAUAAUCUGCUGGUGAUGCUUUGAAAGGCAGAGUGAUAUUCAAACAUGUUCCCACUAAUGACUCAUAGUGUUUAAUGUUUUAUUUGCAUUCUGUCACCUGGUAGGAGCCUAUCCUUCGCUGAGGCUAUGCACUAUGUACUGUACUGUAGCAAGGUAAACACUCACACCAGAAUAUACAUGAACAGUGGCAGACGGGAAAGAAAAAAAUGUCCUGUCGUAGUUUUUUUAGAUAGCCAGUGUGCAUUCACAGGAGUAUACUCAUUAUUUAGGCUUGAAUAUAACAUGGCAACAGAGUAAUAAUUAAGAGUAGAAGAGUUGUUCUAAGAGACUGAAAAGGUUUAUACAAAUAAAAUCAAUUAUUUAUAAAGCAAACAAGUCACAGUGGAAGUCACAGUGGGAACAUUGUAGUCACCUCAACCACCGCACACCAAAAACAUAAAUAUAUUUAUAGUCAGAAAUUAAGACAUGUUGUACUAUGUGUUUAAGUAUUGGUAUUAUCUGUGGAAACAAAUAUUCCUUUGUGGAAGACUAACUUUCAACGGGGUUUCCUUUCACCAAAUGUGAUCACGGGAAAGAUCUCGUUCCAGGUAUUACCAUGCUGUUCUUCAUGAUAUAUGCAGUCUAUGCAAAGCAAAUAAUGUGAAGUGGCGUGAACACCGAGACAACGUCACCUCCAGAAUGAGUUAACACAAAGGUGACGGCGCUGUUAAUUACUUUAGGAUCGCCUGGCACUGCAAACACACACCCACAAACACACACACACACACACACACACACACACAAACACACAGACUCAUGCAUUCAUUACACUAACUCUAGGUAUGCAAGAGAUUUGAGCUAUUUUGGUGUAUUUUAGUGCAGAAUAUCGCCCACAUUUUUCAUAUUCUUUAAUUUUACAAAUAACUAUCACUAUUCUCAAAGGGAAAAUAAUAAUAAUACAUAUUUAAAUAAUACACCUAUUCAUAAUCUGCUUUAAAUAACACAUCUGUACAGCCUCAACCUUUCUUUACAUAUUAAUUGAGUGUUAAUGAAUGGAAGAAAAAUGGCUUCUGCUUGCUUAAAUGGUUUAAAAGGCAACCAUAAAAGCAAUAAUUUUCAUUCUCAUCCAAUAAUAAACAUUAGAAUUGUGCAUUUUCUUGAUUAGUCAUUUAGCUUAUACAGAACUAAUGAAUUAUAAACCAUAUGACCCAACUAAUUUGUGAUUUAGAUGUUGGAGUAACUUGAAAGCAUUUUUCUACAAUAGCAAAAUUAGAAUUUCACAAAAAUGCAGAAAGGCGUUCUGCUUGACUCAGAAUGCAUACGAUUUGCACAAGAUGUUGAAACGCCUUAGUAUGUUGCAGGUUAUGGGUUUGAUAACAAAUCUGAAACGGAUAAUGCCUUCUGAAACAAUAAUCAAGAGAUGUGCCUCUUGGAAUGAUGAACUAACCAGGUAGUAGUGCUGUAGAGUGGAAUGCAACACUGUAGGUGUGACAGGCUGGCGAUGUGCAGACACAAGAGAGGACACAUUGAAUAUGUGUGAUUUAAUACGGUCAUGCUUGUACAGUUUGUGCUCAUGAGGUGUUUUUAUUUUAAUUUUAUUUUUUGUCACGGUGGCUUCAACUUUAGUCGGGGACUCAAUUUUAUUCUAAAACUGUAGCACAUGAAUAACCACUGGCUGAUUAAAAAUAUAUUGAGUAUUAUGUUACAUUUCUUGUAAAUGGCACAGCAAAAAUUACUCAAAGACUGGUCAACUAUAACGAUUCAUGCUUAGACUGUUAUUUAAAAACAAACACAUGGCAGCUUUUGGUGAAGUGACUGUCGUCAGAACAAUAGAAAAUUGCAGAACAAAUACAAAGUGGCAGUGACUUAGUAUUAAUGUGAAGGUACUGAACAUGCUUUUAUUGAAUACAAGCCUAAACUAUUAAUGCCACAGUGAAAGUAUCGUCUGCUAUCUCUUAAUUAACCACAAUAGUCUGGCCUUUUAUUUGUGACCGUAAGAUCGCUCAGACUCUUGUCAACAUGUAAGUAAAACUUUUUUUUUAGUGUAAAAUUGUUUUGUAAAUUCAGCUGCCAAUGUAAAAAUAUUGUGAAUUGUAUUUUUUUGUAUCAUACAUCACUACUGUUUGUUUUUUCUUUUUUGUAUUGUAUAUAAAAAGCACUUUAUUUUAAUUUUUCAAAUAAAGAUCAAAUGGAUCAUUA